UAAAGGAAGGCAGCCUGAGUCAGAGCUCUUGAACAGCUUCAGUCUGUACCUUCCCACAGUUCUCACUACCAGCAUGUAAGCAUGCCAGCUCAGAAGACCAGACCCAGCAACCCAGCUACUGACAAACAAUAAUUAGAACAAUAAAAAAAAAGCAGUACUAAAAAGUGAAGCCUACCCACAGAUCUCGAAAGCAGCAACAAGAAAGAAAAAAGGUGACAUUAUACAAGACAGAAACCCCCCUGUGCUUCCCUGUUUACCAAACUACAGUCAUGACAUCCGUUCUGGGGAACAACAGAGCUUCUGGAGGUCCAGGUAGUCAACUCAAAUGCAAGUCCAAGAGGAGGAGGAGGAGGAGAUCAAAGAGGAAAGAAAAAGUAAGCAUAUUGUCAACCUUCAUCACACCCUUCAAGUAUUUAAGUCCUGGUGCAAGCAAUAUGGAAGACGAAGACAACUUAAGUACCAGCAGUGCAGAAGUAAAAGAAAACCGAAAUGUUGGCAACCUGGAGGAUCAUCCCAUAGCCUCCAGUGAGAGAUCAAGAGUGGGUACAUCAAGCAGUAAGAGGAAAAGGCCCUUGGAGGAAGGCAACAAUGGCCAUUUCUGCAAACUACAACUCAUCUGGAAGAAAGUCUCAUGGUCAGUGACACCAAAGAAUGCCCUGGUCCAGCUACAUGAACUUAAACCAGGGUUGCAAUAUAAAAUGGUUUCCCAGACAGGCCCCGUGCAUGCUCCAGUCUUUGCUGUUGCUGUAGAAGUAAAUGGACUUACAUUUGAAGGCACAGGACCCACAAAAAAGAAAGCCAAAAUGCGGGCUGCAGAACUAGCUCUGAAGUCUUUUGUUCAGUUCCCAAAUGCAUGUCAAGCUCACUUUGCCAUGGGGAACUGCAUUAACCCAUCCACAGACUUUACAUCUGACCAGGCAGACUUUCCAGAUACUCUGUUCAAGGAGUUUGAACCACCUACACACAGCGAGGACUUCUCGGUCUAUAACCCCGUUAAUAAUGAAUUGCUUUCCACUGCUUAUCGACACGGGAGGUUACUCUGCCACACGUUGGACUUAAUGGGCCACGCUAAGCAAAACAAGCACAAGAUGGCAUCCAAAGCUGAGAGCGAAAAGAACCCAGUGGUGUUGCUAAAUGAGCUGCGCUCGGGACUGAGGUACGUCUGCCUUUCGGAGACUGUGGAGAAGCAGCAUAUCAAGAGUUUUGUGAUGGCAGUGAGAGUGGAUGGGAGAACAUUUGAAGGCUCAGGACGUAGCAAGAAGCUGGCAAAGGGCCAAGCAGCGCAGGCUGCACUCCAGGCCCUCUUUAACAUUCGGCUGCCCAGCCACAUUCCCAGCAGGAGUAAAUGUAACCAUUUGCCACAGGAUUUUGCCGAUUCCAUUUAUCAAAUGGUUACACAGAAGUUCCAAGAGGUGACAGAUAAUUUCACGUCCAUGCAUGCACGCCACAAAACUCUUGCAGGAAUUGUGAUGACCAGAGGCUUGGACAGCAGGCAAGCUCAGGUGAUCGUGCUGUCAUCAGGUACCAAAUGCAUAAAUGGAGAAUACAUUAAUGAUCAAGGGCUGGUGGUGAACGACUGCCAUGCAGAAAUUGUGGCAAGGAGAGCAUUUGUUCAUUUCCUUUAUUCACAGCUGGAGCUGCACUUAAGCAAACGGCGAGAGGACUGGGAGCGAUCAAUCUUCGUGCGAUUAAAAGAAGGAGGCUACAGGCUGAAAGAGAACAUUCUGUUCCAUCUGUAUGUGAGCACUUCACCCUGCGGAGAUGCACGCCUCAACUCUCCCUAUGAAAUCACAACUGACUUGAACAGUAGCAAGCACAUAGUAAGAAAGUACCGUGGACAUCUGCGAACAAAAAUUGAGUCUGGAGAAGGAACCAUCCCAGUCCGACGCCAUAAUGCAGUUCAGACAUGGGAUGGUGUGUUGCUGGGAGAACAGCUAAUCACAAUGUCUUGCACAGACAAAAUUGCCAGAUGGAACAUUCUUGGAUUGCAAGGUGCUCUCCUCAGUUACUUCAUCGAGCCCACGUACUUGCACAGCAUUAUUGUGGGAAGCCUUUAUCACACUGGUCACCUUUCCAGGGUAAUGAGCCAUAGAAUAGAAAGCAUUGGUCAGCUGCCAGCUUCAUACCGGCGUAAUCACCUGCUCCUCAGUGGAGUGAGUAAUGCUGAGGUGCGACAGCCAGGAAAAUCUCCCAGCUUCAGUGUGAACUGGAUAGUGGGUAACACGGACCUCGAGGUUAUUAAUGCCACAACAGGAAAAAGGAACUGUGGGAGUUCCUCACGGCUCUGCAAACGCAUGUUUUAUGCUCGGUGGUCAAAGCUUUAUGGAAAGCUGAGCACACGAGUCCCAAGCCAUGGAGACAUGCCAUCAGUGUACAGUGAAGCAAAGCUGGUGCCUCAAACGUACCAGGCUGUCAAGCAGCAGCUGUUUAAAGCAUUUCAGAAAGCAGGUCUGGGCACCUGGGUGAAGAAGCCCCCAGAGCAAGAUCAGUUUCUACUAACUCUAUAAAUCAUUCGACACCUUUGCUACGUGACCAGAGCAGAUCGGCUGGAGAGAAGCAUAGGCAGGAUGCGUGAGCUGACAGAAUUGAUGCAGUUCAAUAUUUAAUAAAAACCUUCAUGAGAAUAUUUUCUUUUGAUUCUGUAUUGGAAAUACAUAAAUAUCGGAUGUGUUUGAUUAAUGCACUAAACUUGACUUUAGGAAACUGCUUUUUCAUCCUGAUCCCCUGCACAACAUGCACAAGGAUGUUCAUGCCCAGACUAUUAAAUGAUCCUCACAAAGAUGCUGCUGUUCAUUGUUUAUAGCACAUGUGACUAUUAGUUAUCCAGGAAGCAUCUGCAUUUCAGACAUUAGCAGGCCAUGCACCCAACUCAAAAUUGAGUCGAUUUUCCCUCACAAAUCACAGAAUGAUGGAAAACAUUUUAGUAAGUGAACACAUGAACGAGCCUUCAGACCCACCGCGCGACAGGGGCUUUCAGGGCAAGCAUAUUCAUCCACAAAGAGAAGAGGUAUAGCCUCUAAGCCAAAAUCAUUGUAAACAUCGGCUGCUUUGAUUCACAGCGUGUAUUUUAGUCUACAAAGAUACAAACAAAAUUUUAACUGUCCUUCCAGGUUUAGAUUGAACCACAGUGCUGGGGGCUUAAGAUUUCCUGUUCUCUUCUCCUGGCUCACACUGACUCCUCCUGUAACGUCGGGUGUCACUUAGUACUAAAUUUUCAAUUGUGUCCUGGGGUGGCUUAUCUUUCUGGAUGCCCCAAACCGGAUCCAUUUUUCAGAGAUACUGAAUACUGCAAUCCUAAGGGAAGUCACUGGGAGCUGAUAGUGCUCAGCACUUCUGAAAAAUCAAGACUUUGGUGUUGGGUACCCACAAACUAAGAUGCCCCAAAUUAGUGACCAAUUCUGAUAUUUGGCCCAUACCCUCUCUACCUCUAUUUCUCCAUUUAGCAAAUGUGGAUAAUAAUACUUACCUGUAUCACAAGGAGCUUGUAAGGGAUA